AUGGACACCCCAGACUCUUACUCCAGCGCCGCCUACUCCUCCGACGAAAGCCGCCCGCAACGCCCUCCCCGCCGGCGCUCCCGCUCCUCCGACGACGAGGAGAAGACCAAACUCUCCGACAUCGGCCAGACACCCGAGGUCAAGGAGUUCUACCGCAAAAGCCGGCGCGACCUCUGGGAGGACUGGGCGCCCGAGUACGUCGGCCUCGCGGGCUCCGCCGCCGCCUCGGCCAAGUUCGCCCUCAUCGCGCGCCGCGAGGUCAACGUCGAGGCGACCGACGGCAACGUUCUCGCGCUGCACUCCGUCAUCGUCAACAGCCCGCACAUCAAGCGCGCGCUGGGCGACGUGUUUAGCGGGUACCCUGGCGUCAGCACGACGCUGAAGAAGGUCGAGUUCAAGGAGCCGUUCCAGCCGUUCUUCCACCGCUGGCGGGCGCUGCAGAAGUGCGUGGAGGAUGGGGCGGACGAGCUGGCGAGGCAGCAUGUGAAGCUGCUGUAUGAUGUGCUGGCGCCGGAGAUCAAGCCGCAGAUUGAGCGCGCGCGGGACCUGAGGAAGAAUGAGGUGGUCUCGUUUGACUAUCUCUGGACGCUUUUCGAGCCUGAUACGGAGGCGUAUGCGCGGGUUGACGACCAGGAUCGGUUGUUCCUCAUCAAGAGUGCUCGAUAUGAACCGCGGUCGGGUGGGAGCGUCGUCUUUGCGCUAAAAUGUCAGUUCGUUGACACAGAUGGCUUGAGAUUCGGGCUUGCUUCAAAGGUGUUUGAAGUUCACAUGUUUGAUGACUUGUUGCCGAUCCGGGAGCUGGCGAUCUAUCCCAGUAAUCUGCAUCCGGGGAUGAAGAAGAUCCGGGAAAAGCUUGAAGCUAGAGGGAAGUUGUUCGAGAGCUACAAGGGAUUUCAUUACAAGGGCUAUUCCGGAAUAUUUGAAUAUGGACACGGAGAUUUCAAAGGUGUCGAGAGACGACAGAUUGAGCAUGGCCGCAUCAUCAUCGACGGCGAGUCGUACUGCCGGUACGAAUACCAGGCCGCUCCUCGCCUGAAGAAACUGAGGGACCCCACUGCUAAGAAGGAGAAGUUGGGUGCUCUCAAAGGACGGAUGAAAGGCCGCCGGGGGAGUUUCGGCUUGCCGUACAGCCCGCCGCGUCGGGGCAGAAUGCGAUAUGUCGAAUCCGCAACAGCGGGCCUGGCGAAUGAGGCAGACAAGGAGUUGACUGCGAAUCAGCGCGAACUCGCUUCGCCUAUGGUGCGGGGCUUCGACUUGACGUCGAAGAAAUGGGGGCUGUUUUUCAUCGACUCGGUGACGGAGGUGGAGUGGAACGAGGGGGCUUUUGACCAGCUUGUCUUGCCGCACGACUACAAGACCAUCAUGCGUGCUUUCGUCGAGGCACAGAUGUCUUCAGCCAGUGGCUUUGACGAUAUCAUUCGUGGCAAAGUGGCCGAAGCGAUGAAGAAGCCCCUCUACGCCAUGAGCGCUGGCGAACUAGGAAUCACCGCCGACGACGUGGAAGAUUCCCUCCGUCGCGUGCUUGAGAUGUGCACCAAAUGGCAAGCUGUGCUGCUCCUCGACGAAUGUGACAUCUUCCUCGAGAAGAGACGAGCUUCUGACCUCCAGCGCAAUCAGAUUGUCUCAGUUUUCCUGAGACUGCUGGAGUACUACAAAGGCGUCAUGCUCCUGACCACCAACCGCGUGGAGGCUUUUGACCCGGCUUUCGAGUCCCGUAUACAUCUGACCAUCAACUACCCUGCGCUCGACUUUGACUCGCGGCUGCAUGUUUGGAAGGUCUUCAUUGACUGCCGCAAGCUCGACACUACCGGGGCGCUGGAACCCCGGCAAUUCCGUCUCGAGGAGGAAGACUUCAAGGCGCUGGCAAAGCUUGAGCUGAACGGUCGUGAGAUCAAGAACGUGGUCAAGACGGCGUCACUGCUCGCGGUGCGCGACGGAGCGCCGUUGGGAAUUGAGCAUGUGAGAGCCGUGCUCAGGGUCAGGCGAGGGAAGCCCGCGGCUGUUGGGAGUAUUGACACUGGCCUGGGAGAUGAGAUCUAG